AUGCCCAGCUGCUAUAUGAACGAGGAGCUGCUCCUGUCUGGAAAGUUAAGUGAAUAUGAUGUGAUUGUGCCCUUCAGUGUAGAUCACCAGGGACGGUUCCUAUCACACGUAGUGUCUGACUCACCAUCUCCUGCACAGCACUCAACUCGACACAGGACGGUUCGCAGCAUCUCUACGAAAGAAGCCGCCUUUGGGAAUCCCUUGUACUUCUUCAAUGUUACUGUUUGGGGCAAGGAACUUCAUCUCCGCUUGAAGCCCAACCAGAAGCUGGUAUCUCCUGGUGCUUUGGCCGAAUGGCAAGAAGAUUUCCAAGUAGUCUUUCGGGAACCCUUGAAGCAGGAAUGCUUGUCCACAGGAGGCAUCACAGGCAUGCCAGAGGCCACAGUAGCGAUUAGCAAUUGUGAUGGAUUGGCUGGUCUCAUUCGAACAGACAAUGGUGAAUUUUUCAUUGAGCCUCUUGAGAGAGGACAGUGGGAGAAAGAAGAAGAUGGAAGAGCUCACGUGGUCUACCGUAGGUCGGCUAUCAAACAAGAGAGGACAGAAGCAUUCAAAGAUUAUCAUAAUGAAGGUAUGACUGAAGAAACAAGCACAACAGAGGUAAAUGAAAUUUAUCAUGACGAAUCCCUGGGAGUCCACAUAAACAUUGUCCUUGUUAGAAUGAUCAUGGUGGGAUACAGACAGUCCAUCACUUUAAUAGAGCGAGGGAACCCAUCUCGAAGCCUGGAGCAGGUGUGUCGCUGGGCUCAUUCUCAACAGCGAUCAGAUCCUGCACAUGCUGAAUACCAUGAUCACGCUGUAUUCCUCACCAGGCAAGAUUUUGGUCCUGCAG